GUUCGGACUGUGCUUACUGUUUAGUGUGCGCGUGUACAUUUUCUGUAUAUUCUGAUUUGGACUGUGAGAUGUUAUUUAAUUCCUUACUCAACCCAAGGAUACCAUCGACGAAAUUGAACGAAUUAUAACAUCCAGUUAUUUCCCGAGUGGGCAGAGUGAAAACAAAACAAUCUGCCCCGUUUAAACAUUAUUGGAUCGAAGGCGGAACAUCUUCAAGUGAUUGAGAAAUACUGAUCGAUUGAUAGUGAAGUGUUUGGGGCGAGUUUUUGUGAUGUUCUGCGUUUGAUGGGUGGUAGCUCGAGAUAGACACGGAAGGAACAGAAGAACAGAAACGGUAUCUUGUUAAAUUUGAUGGACUGAACAAUAAAGCACCGCCAAUUGAACGCGCCUCCAUUGGUGUUAUGCUUGCACUAUUUUGUGUGGAAAUUGACAGCUACGUGAACCCGAGGUCUGCACACACCGAGACCAUUUUUGUGGUGCUGCAAGGGAGUAUGCGAACGUGUGUGUUUACAAAAACCUCUCCUCAAGUUCGUGUGUAACGUGGAACGAAAGAAACGACGAAGACGACUGUUAUUGGCAUUGUGUACGUUGUGGACUGUCGGAAAACGGAGACGACACAGUGCUGAGGAGGUGUCGUGGAGGCAACACAAACAAAAAGUUGUAAAAAUUUCUCUGAAUUAAUAACAGACGCACGGGACCGAGAGGACAGUGUGGAAAGGAGCUUGGAACGCAAAGGGAAGAAUAAUAUUUGUCGGUGUGGCUUUUUUGUCGGUGCCUGCCUGUACGGAUAAGGGGUCAAAAUAUUUCACUUCUUUCCUGAGCGCGAAGAUCUUUUCGAAUUGCCUGUCUACAGAUGGUGAGGAAGAUCGGAACGAAAAAUUCUUCAUAGACAGCUAUCCACCCGCGUGCGCUCGUUCCGCAGGUAUCGCGCCCCUGGUCCACACCGUUGUUGGUAACGAUAGCGGUCGGCCGAAACACGCGGAGAAUCAUAGUAAAUAGUUUGGAGAAUUCAAAACAUACGUCGAAAUUUUCGGUGUGUUGUUGAAUUUUAUACGGGUUUCCUACAUUCUACGCAUCGAAGGUAGCACGCUAAGGAGUGAAACGAAAUAAAUAAUCUUUCAAAUAAGUUACCUGCCUACAGAGAAACGAAAAAAAAACGGGAAAAUAGGCGAAAGCGGAGAAGAAAUAGUUGCGUCGGCCUGCGUGCGUAGCUCGAGGCGAAAAAUGGUGUGUUUUGAUGAAAUCAAAGUGUCAGUGAAAAAUGGUGGAAAUGUGGGAAAAAUCGAGUGAAUCGGAGUGAAUUGGAAGAAAUCACACUUCGGGUACGGAAAAUAUGCAGCCAACACUAAUGAUCAUGAUCACCCGUUAGAGGUGACGUUAUAGAGCAGAGUUUCGGGUUGUUCGGGGUGAGAAACGAUUUGUGCGUGUCGGAAGAUUGCGAGUAGAAACGGGUGAAAAGAAAAAGAAGCAAAAAAAUUCCAUUGGCUGAUAAGUCGUCGGCCCAACGCAACAUCGCCAACAAGAGACGAUCAUGGCCGGGAACAUCGUCAAAUGGUGGAAACAUAAGAUUCUCGGUGGAUAUAAGCAGUUUACAGUUCUCCAGGAAUGCGCAACCGAUUCGGAGGAACUAAUCUACCCUGUCCGAGCGUCGUCCGCCUGUAGUGCCCCGCCGGAUUUGUUACUGACCAGCGAUCGGGAACAGAUGAUGAAAGUGAAAAGUUCCAAACAGCAGCACCAGCAACAACAACAACAAUCACAGCAGACGCAAUCAUCACAUCAUCAAUCAUCGCAGCAGCAAAAUGCUGGCCACCAUCACCAUAAAGGAGCUCCGACCACGGCGGCUUCCCACCAACAACAGCAACAGCAGCAUUCCAAGGAUAGCGCUUUUCGGAAAGGUUCCGGAAAAGCAACGACCGUCCGGAGCGACCCCGAUAGGGUUCGGCUAGAGGAAUUUACCUGCGAUGUUUCGCUUGAAGGAGGCAAGAAGCCUCAGCCUCUACAGUUUUCCUUCACUCUAUACGACCUGGAUGGUCAUGGCAAAAUCACCAAAGACGAUAUCGCUGGAAUCGUGUCCACGAUCUACGAGUCCAUAGGCAAAUCGGUAGUCGUUCCUCAUUAUGGCAGUAAGACCAUCAACGUGAGGCUUACCGUGUCCCCGGAUGGGAAGACAAAAUCCAACGGUGCGGCAGCGAAGAAAGUUGCCAUGACACCACGGCGACGCUAUCGGCCGCGAAAACUCAUCUCGGACGACGAUGGUAGCGAUACGUCGGAAAACUGUCCGCGAGUUAUGCGCGGCCGGGCCAAUACGGUAGCUGCGAACCCUACUAACAACAAUAACAACAUUAAGCAGAAGGAAAGCAACGUGAACAAGGGCGAAGAUGUUAUCGAUGGGAUGGCUAACGGGUUAAUCAAGAGUGCAGAAACGGCGGAAGCAACCUUUCACAAUAACUUGGGUGGGAAAGGAAAGAACUCAAAUGUAAAGAAUGAUAACAUCUACGAAAGUAUCAAUAACCUGAAAUGUUGCAAUAUCCAAACGGCGCAGGUCACUAAACCGCUAAAUCAAACUGCCCCGCCAAUGAUGCUGAACAAUUCUACCGCUUCGACUGUAAUCUGCCGAGACUGUUCGCUGGAGGGGUGUCCAAUCGAUGAGACGCUACCGCUAGGGACAGUAGUCAUUCCAGCCGCUCCAGCUGCCAUCAGCAGUCGCGCCAAACGGAAGGUAGUUCGUAAAUCUAGAUCGUCGCGUAAAACUUCCAGGAUGGCAGAAGACUUUAGCCGCCCCCGGGCUCGAAGCUUAUCGGUGGGCAAUGAAAACUGCUACGAGAACAUCAUCGACACACCGCAGGACGAAUGCUGGAAAAGCUCCCUUUGUCGACGGGAAUUGAUCGAAAUAAUCCGGGAUAGCAUGGUGAAAAAUAGUCUGUGUUUUCAACCAAAUAGAAAAGCUAUGGAUAAUUCACCGAAGCAUCGCCAUCGGUCACAUACGGUGUCGGCUCGAGUUGGAGGAAGUGGCGAACAAUGCGGCGAAGCGGUUAUCGCAACCCAGCAAGCCCUUAUGGCGGCUCACGAGACGAACUUGUGCGGUUAUGAUUCCUAUCUGCAUCAAACUAUUUGCGCAGCUGCCAGCGCAAAACAUGCUGCACUGCAUCUGAAUGGUGGCGUAGUGGGAAACGGGGGCGUUUUCACGGCACUUCCCGUCCUAACGAGCACUCCCAACAGGCUGCUACAGCACCACAGUCAUCACGCAAAAGCGAAAAGAAAGGAACAUCGCUUAGCUAUCGCUACGCGCAACCAAUCGCAUUUGGCGGCAGGUCAACCAGUCAAGCUGAGUACGGCAGUUCUCAAUCAACAGUAUCCUAAUCUCUCGGCCGAGCAAAAGUUGACUCGUUCGAUCAAUCAGGUCGAAAAGUGGUUGGACCAUCGCAGUCCGAAGUUAACUAAUAAAGUAAAACUCGCAGAAGAGCUGGCAGAACGGAACCCUCGCACAUCCGGAAUGAAGUUGAAGCGAUCGAAGAGCAAGGAGGAGAUUGCUCACAAGUCUUCCAAAAUAGAUAACAUUCUUACCACGGAUUUACUGCUGGAAAAUCUCAAAAUAACCGAAGACAUUGCGGAACUGAGUGUGGUGACACCGAAGAAGGCGUUCAACAAAGAAUGUCUCAUUAGCUCUGCCACGAAGAAAAACAUCCGGACGCAUCACACGACAAAAACCAUCACCACGACGGCGCUGGGCUCGACCGUAAACGAUAAGUCCUCGAAAGAUCUGAUCCAGCUGCAAUACGCUUCCAUUCCGGUUAAUGCCCACCCGAGUGAGUGUGAAACCCUGAUUCGCAUUUCCGACGCGGAAGAAGAGCAGCCACCGCAAAGUCACGUUCAUCAACAGCAUCAGUCAUCACCGAGUACGCCAACCCAUCUUCCCAAUCACCACGGAGGAGGAGGAGGAGGAUUAGCCGGUGAAAACUCCGGGUCGUCGGCAUCGGCUGCUUCGACGACGGCGGUGCAUCGUUACGUUCACGAGCACAUUCACCAUCACUAUCACCACUUUGAGAAUGACGCGGAUGAGUCCUGAGGUCGGUUAGGUAUGGAUGAUGGUGGUGGCUUGCUGCCGACGUCUUCCGGGAAUCGAUGUCUAGAGCUGGAGUUGUUAGAUUGAUAAGUUGCUGGGGUUGGGUCUUUUGGUGGAAUCAUUGCCGGUUUUUGGAACUGAAAGGACGAUUCAAUUCGGCUUUACAUCUUUAAUAUACGAAUGCUGCCAUUUGAAGGUAAGAAAUUUUUGAUAAAAUUCAAUAUUGCAUAUUUAUGGUGAACCAUCGGAAUUUCAACGACGGUUUUUUGAUGUUUUAAACGAAAUUUUUAUACAUAAUCGCAUUAUUCCACCAAAACGUUAUAAACUAAAAGCCAUUCUGUCACACUGACUAGCAUAAACCUUUGAAAACUGUAUUUAUGUCUGUAUAUUUAAGAAACUGAGCUUGAGUGUAAGUGUAUGAACUUGUUCGCGAGAUGGAAUUGCUGAAAACUCUAGAUUUAAACUUUGAACCAUAUGUACUUACAAAACUGACAAGUGUCGAACCACGUUUCCUCUAACUAAUAGUGACUCUUAUUGGGAAUCUCAAAAAAGCAUAUAAACCCCUUUCGUUUCGACAACCGCCUAAAAGAGAAAACUGCCACAAAACCAACGCAUAUGUACCACUUUUGCAAACCUAAACAACCUAAAACAGUUACAGUAACUAGCAUAAGUGUAUUGUAAAAACAAAGUAUAAAUCUCAUGUACUGCAGCAAAAUGGUAAUAUUGUAUCCUACGCGCUACACAUCAACUUAUCCCGCAUCAUAGAAGCUUCGCAUACAUAGAACAGUAUUUUACUGUACGCCUUCAACAAUCGGAAUCUGCAUUCCUUUAGAAAAAAAAUCAGCUAUUUGGUAAAUAAUUUAAACAUUUAUGAAUAUGCAUCUUUACACUACAAAUAACAUGUAACCCCUGUCCCAAAAAAAACAGAAAUCAAAGCAAAAAUUCACCCACCUGAUAGAAAAGCUUUUCUUUGCGAAAGCUAGUAGUUUGUUAAUACAUCGUUGUACAUAAUUAUAAUUCCCCCACGGUUAUAUAAAAGAAAAUAAAACUAAACGUUGAAGGAACUGUUAGAUUACGGAAAAAACACAAAUCACAUUGCAGAUAUAUGUUAAGCAGAAACGGGAAAAAGGGAAGAAAAUAUUAACAGAAACUUACAAGACUGAUUUCAUGUUAUUCUUAUUAUUGUAAUUUAUACCGUUACUGAUCAGUAGAUUUUUGUCACCACCAUUGAAUUUUACAACUGCUAUAUCUUUUUUAACCCCUUAUUCAACAACGAACAAAAUUUAGCUCCCUUCUCUAGUUUCCGGCGCGCAUUGUUUCGUAUCAAAUCGUUUUUAUCGUUUCAUAUUCGUAUUCGUUGGGCGCAAAGCAAAAUUAUUUAACUAUCUUACUGAAAAAAGAUGCUAUCUAAAAUUUGCACAUUCGAUUAAAAAUUAAAAUCUAAGCUUAAGCUUUCAGCGGCCAUGAAAUUUCUAUUUAAAAACAAACGUAGGUUAGAGCUUAUAUCUUAAUAAUGUUUAGAAGAUGAACGUUUAAAAUAACGAAUAAAAUUACAUAUAGAUUAAAUUUGGUCUACAGAAAAUUAAAACAAAUUGAUCCAACAAAAAUCGAUCAAUUGCUUGGGAAUGAUGUUUGGCUUAGCGAAAUAUAAUAAAAAAAUAAAACUACUGUUCAAAAUAAUGUAUUCAAAAGUUAAGAUUCUUCUUUAGUACACAUCGAAAUUGAGUUUUUUUGGAAUCGUAAGAAUAUAAGCAUCGGCAAGGACUAGUUUUCUUUCUUCACUUCUUGCUUUCAUAGUGUGGGUAAAAAUACUUCGAAUCUUACUGAAAUGAGUUUUUUUAUAUACUGUCUUGGUCAAUAGUAUUUAAGGUGCCUGAUUUUUAGUUAGUGUCCUAAAAGUGGUUAAGACUAAUUUAUUCAUUACACACACACAUGUGCAUGUAAAAUUUUCCAAUUCAUCUUUUCCCACGGGAAGGACGUCGAAAUAAAAAUAU